AGGAGAAGAAGAAGAAGAAGAAGAAGGCUCGUCGUAAGCAGCUUUUGUACAAUGUGCCCACAUCCGACGUUACAUUGUUCCAAUGAUCCACGUCGUGGUGUAAACAGGCCAUUAAAGGGUAGUUUGAGGACGGUUUUGAUGUUUUAGGUAAAUGUUUGAAUGUUUGCAGAGAAAAUGUCUUCGAUUCCACCCCAGAGAAAGAUUAGCAACGAGCAGGAAACUCCUGCUGAGGAUCCAUUCACUGAUUUCAAAGAGAUCCUGAUCAACCCGGUGGAAGAGAUGGAUGAUAAGAUGGAUUUCAGCCGGAUUCCCCCGAUAAUUUUACACCGAAUAGAUCCCCGACAAUAUCGUGUGUGUAAAGAGGAGGGGGCUCACAUUAACCUCAGCAACCAGAAGGGGAACUCCACUUUAGAUCAAGAGGAACCAGAACCUCUGCAGAUAAAACAGGAUCUAAAAGAACAAGAACUUCUGGAGAUAAAAAAGGAGCUAGAAGAACCAGAACCUCUGGAGAUAAAACAGGGAGCAGAAGAACUUGAACAUGAACUGCUUAAAGAGGAAGAGAAGCAACUUUGCAUCAGUCAGGAUGAAGAGCAGCUUUUGCUAAAACAAGAGACUGAUGACAUUUUGGCAAAACCUUCUAAUGUGCAAAGGAUCUACAAUGAAACAGAACCAAAUAGAACCAAACUCAUCUCUCAGACCUACCAUGUUAAGAACCAGGAUCAGGAAGGAAUCAAUAAUGAGGACCCUGGAAAAAGGAGAGAAGAGGAAAUGAAGCAAAAUGAGAGAUACCAGGAAACCAAACAGCAGGAAGGCACUGCUGACAUUUUUAAACAAAAAGUGUACAAUCAAACUUGCCCAAACCAAAAUAUAUAUUCUUGUAAUGUUUGUGAUAAAGUCUUUUCUCAAAGCAGUCACUUGAGUGCACAUAUGAGAACUCACACGGGUGAAAAGGCUUUCUCAUGUAUGAUUUGUGAAAAAGGUUUUAGUCAUAAAGCUGUGCUAACAAUUCACAUGCGAAGUCUCACAUGCGAGAAGCCUUUCUCAUGUGCGACCUGUAAAAAAAGUUUCAGAAAAAAAUCUGAUUUAACAAUUCACACCAGAACUCACACAGGGGAGAAGCCAUUCCCAUGUGGAAGCUGUGACAAAAGUUUUAGAAAAAGAUCUGAUUUAACCAGUCACAUGAGAACUCACACUGGUGAGAGGCCUUUCCCGUGCCCGACCUGUGGAAAACGUUUCAGUUAUAAAUAUGUUUUAACAAUUCACAUGGGAACUCACACUGGCAAGAAACCUUUCUCAUGUGCGACUUGUAAAAAAGGUUUCAGAAAAAAAUCUGAUUUAACAAAUCACAUCAGAACUCACACAGGUGAGAAGCCUUUCUCAUGUGGGAGCUGUGGCAAAAGUUUCAGAAAAAGAUCUGAUUUACCAAUUCACAUGAGAACUCACACUGGUGAGAGGCCUUUCCCGUGUACGACCUGUGGAAAACGUUUCAGUCAUAAAUAUGUUUUAACGAUUCAUAUCAGAACUCACACAGGCGAGAAGCCUUUCUCAUGUGAGAGCUGUGAAAAAUGUUUUGAAAAAAGAUAUAAUUUAACACGUCACAUGAGAACGCACACGGGUGACAAUCCUUUCUCAUGUACGACCUGUGGAAAGAGUUAUAGUGAGAGAAGUGGUUUAACCAAUCACAUGAGAGCUCACACAGGUGAGAAGCCUUUCUCGUGUGGGAGCUGUGGAAAAAGUUUCAGAGAACUAUCUAAUUUAAAGAGGCACGUGAGAACCCACACGGGCGAGAAGCCUUUCUCAUGUGGGAGCUGUGAAAAAAGUUUCAGAGAAAGAUCCAAUUUAAAAAGUCACAUGAGAACUCACACAGGUGAGAAACCUUUCUCGUGUGCGACCUGUGGAAAACGUUUCAGUCAUAAAAACGUUUUAACAGUUCACAUCAGAACCCACACAGGCGAGAAGCCUUUCUCAUGUGUGAGCUGUGAAAAAAGUUUCAGAAAAAGAUCUGAUUUAACAAGUCAUAUGAGGAUACACACAGGUGAGAAUCCUUACUCCUGUACGACCUGCGGAAAGAGUUAUAGUGAGAGAAGUGGAUUAACUUAUCACAUGAAAACUCACACAGGUGAGAAGCCUUUCUCAUGUGUGACCUGUGAAAAAGGUUUCAGAAAAAGAUGUGAUUUAAUAAGUCACAUGAGGACUCACACAGGCGAGAAGCCUUUCUCGUGUGUGACCUGUGGAAAGAGUUACAGUGUUAGAAGUGGUUUAACUUAUCACAUGAGAACUCACACAGGUGAGAAGCCUUUCUCAUGUACAAACUUCGGAAAGAGUGAAAGUUAAAUAGGUAGUUUAACUUGUCACAUGAGAGGACACACAGACGAGACGCCUUCCUGGCAUAGACAUGGACAGACUAUUGUCAUUUUGCUGAGGGGAAAAAAUCCUGUACAUACGGCUCCUUACCUCUUUCCCCUGAAUAAUGUCAUUUCCAUUCUAGAUUGUAGUUGCUCUUUUGCUUACUGAAGUCAAAGUCCUUGUUUGUAACCACAAACUUGGCGUAUAAAGUUGAUUCUGAUUCAACUGCACAUUCACAUUGUAAAUUUGAGCAAAAUUUAGCUGCAAAGCUCCGAGUGAAAACAGAAGACAAGAGAAACAUCACAAAUAUAAGUAUUUGUCAUUUGUCAGGAAUGUAGCGGCAAACCAAAUACAGACAUUUUAUAUGUACAGAAAAGUUAUGUGUAAGACAAUAUGAAUAGUGCAAGUAUUUAUAGGAGCAGGACAUAUUGCAACAUAUUGCCUGGGUCUGGGGGGCCCCGGGGUGGGCUGUCCGGUCGGUCUGGUGCUCGGGUCUGUGGCCCCCACUGUGCUGGGGCUUUGGAGACGACAGGUCGGGAGUGGAGUCGG